UCUGUUUAUGUAACAGAUUCAGACACAAUUUAGUUUAAAUAGGAUCACUCGAAGUGCAAGAAAGAAACACAGCAAAACACAAGAAAUAAACUGUUUGAGAGAGAUAAACACCCGUGACUCUUCUAGGCAACUCAAGGGGGAACUUGCUUUCAGAAACAAGGGUCAAGCAAUCACUGUGAUUAACGUGCAUUGUCCCAGCUAAGGUCAGCAACAUGGCAAAGAUGAUUCUGAACUAUGUGCCCGUCUAUGCAAUGCUACCAUUGGGAGUUGUUACAGAUGACAAUAACUUUGAGAACCAGGAUGACCUCAAGAGACAACUAUACAAACUCAAGGAAGCAGAAGUUGAUGGAGUGAUGGUGGACGUCUGGUGGGGAAUAAUAGAAUCUAACGGACCUAAGAAGUACAAUUGGAAUGCUUACAGAAGCUUAUUUCAGGUCAUAAAGGAUUGUGGCCUGAAAGUACAAGCCAUAAUGUCAUUCCAUCAAUGUGGAGGGAACGUUGGAGAUGCUGUGAACGUCCCACUUCCACAAUGGGUACUUCAAGUUGGAAAUUCAAACCCUGAUAUCUUCUACACUAAUAGAAGGGGCACCAGAAACAAAGAGUACCUGACUCUUGGUAUUGAUAAUGAAGCCAUCAUUGGAGGGAGAACUCCCAUUCAGAUCUACAGUGAUUACAUGAAGAGCUUCAGAGAGAGUAUGUCAGAUUUCCUAGAUGCUGGCCUGAUAGUUGACAUUGAAGUAGGCCUUGGCCCUGCUGGAGAACUACGUUAUCCUUCUUAUCCACAGAAUCAAGGAUGGAGCUACCCAGGGAUAGGAGAAUUUCAGUGCUAUGACAAAUAUCUAAAAGAAGAAUUCAAAAAAGCUGCAACUGAUGCUGGCCAUCCUGAGUGGGAACUUCCAGAGGAUGCAGGGCAAUAUAAUGACAGACCAGAUGCAACAGCAUUUUUCAGAAACAAUGGGACGUACCUCAAUGACCAUGGAAAAUUCUUCUUGACCUGGUAUUCGAACAAGUUAUUGAUCCAUGGUGACCAGAUCCUGGAAGAAGCAAACAAAGCAUUCUGUGGCUGCAAGGUCAAGAUUGCAGCGAAGGUUUCUGGAAUACAUUGGUGGUAUAAUGAUGACAGUCAUGCUGCUGAGGUUACUGCAGGAUACUACAACUUGAGAGACAGAGAUGGGUAUCGACCAAUAGCAAGGAUGCUUUCUCGGCACUAUGGAGUUUUAGACUUUACAUGUCUUGAAAUGAAGGACUAUGAGCAACCUGGUUAUGCUAAAAGUGCUCCACAAGAGCUUGUGAAACAGGUCUUGAGUGGUAGCUGGAGAGAAGGUAUUGAGGUUGCAGGUGAAAAUGCACUUCCCAGAUAUGAUCCCAACGCUUAUGAUCAGAUGCUGCUGAAUGCUAGGCCAAAUGGGGUGAAUAGAGAUGGUCCACCAAAACUGAAGAUGUACGGCUUGACAUAUCUUCGUUUGGGAAAUCAGCUGCUAGAUGGGGGGAAUUUCCAAGUAUUCAAAACAUUUGUGAGGAAAAUGCAUGCUGAUCAAGAGUACUGCCCGGAUCCUGAAAGUUACGGAAGGCACAUCGUUCCACUGGAGCAGUCAAAGCCACAGAUUCCAAUAGAGGUUCUUCUUGAAGCAACCAAGCCAAUGGAACCAUUUCCCUUUGACAACGAAACGGAUAUGAAAGUAAUAACUUGAGCAGCAUCUUCUAUAAUAAAGUGAAACCCAAGGCAGUUUGCAAACAUGCAACUGUUGAGCAAGCAAAUAACGUUUCCACUUUCCAGAAUGAUAGGCUAGCUAAUAAAGAAACCCCAGAUAGGCUAAUAAGGAAGCCACAUAAUCUACCUGUGGGGAUCCUCACUGGGUGUUCUAGUUGUUUGUUGUAAUUUGUUGUUGUGUUGUUGAUGCUUGCUGUUGUUUUAUCCAAUAAAGGGAACUCCAGCCUUCAUCAUAAGGAUGCUUAUGAGAGUUCAAUAUUAUCUGAGAAAGAUAUGCCUCUGAACAAGUUUUCUGUUUUACUAUAUUUGUGCUGGUAGUAUACAUUGCUCUUCAUAAUUCACAUAGUAACACUUCAUCAAACAAUAAACAGAAGUUUAUGUUCCUUUUUC